GAACAAACAAAUGGUACAUAGACAUAUACAUCAAUGAAAAAGACAAGAUGUCCACUUUCAAUAAAUGCAAUAAACGGAUGAGAUGAUGGAUGAAUCAGAUCAAUCUUUAUUUGCUGAAGUGGAUAUGGAUGCAUAACUUGUCUUUCUAUGACAUAUCACUAACCCAUAUCUAAUAGUCCGCUGCCAGACCUGUUCUCAACGUCUACGCCGACAACGGUAAGAACGUCUCUACCACCGUUCCCCUCCCCGCUGUCUUCAAGGCCCCCAUUCGUCCUGACAUUGUCAACUUUGUCCACACCAACAUGGCCAAGAACAAGCGUCAACCCUAUGCUGUUUCUAGCAAGGCUGGUGAACAAACCUCUGCCGAAUCUUGGGGUACUGGUCGUGCUGUUGCUCGUAUUCCUCGUGUCAACGGUUCUGGUACUCACCGUGCCGGUCAAGCCGCUUUCGGUAACAUGUGUCGUGGUGGUCGUAUGUUCGCUCCUACCAAGACCUGGAGAAAGUGGCACAUAAAGACUAACUUGAACCAAAAGCGUUUCGCUACUGCUUCCGCUUUGGCUGCCUCCGCUCUCCCCUCUUUGGUUAUGGCUCGUGGUCACCGUGUUGAAAAGAUUGAAGAAGUUCCUCUUGUCGUUGCUGACUCUGUUCAACAAAUCACCAAGACCAAAGAUGCCGUUGCUCUCUUGAAGGCUAUCAACGCUUACUCUGACGUUGUCAAGGUCUCCAACUCUCGUAAGUUGCGUGCUGGUCAAGGUAAGCUCCGUAACCGUCGUCACAGACAACGUCGUGGUCCCCUUGUCAUCUACAAUGAAGACAACGGUCUCGUCAAGGCUUUCCGUAACUUGCCCGGUCUUGAACUCGUUAACGUCCGUCGUCUCAACCUCUUGCAACUCGCUCCUGGUGGUCACCUCGGUCGUUUCAUUAUCUGGACUGAAUCCGCUGUCGCUCUCCUUGAUGAACUCUAUGGUACUUACGAAGCUCCUGCUACCUUGAAGAAGGACUACGUCUUGCCCGCUCACAUCAUGACCAACCCUGAUGUUGCUCGUCUUAUCAACUCUGACGAAAUCCAAUCUGUUGUUCGUCCUGCUGGUAACAAGCACCACAAGCGUCCCUUCACCCAAAAGAAGAACCCUCUCAAGAACCAAGGUGUUAUGAACCGUCUCAACCCCUACGCUCAAGUUCUCCGUCGUGCUGAACUUAUCAAGGCUGAAAAGGUUGCUGCUGGUAAGGUUAAGAAGGACCAAAAGAAGCGUGGUGUCUCCACUGCCGCUUCCAAGAAGUUCUUGGAAACUCUCCACUCUGCUUAAAUUCAGCAAAUGAUAUUCUGUUUAAAACAGCAAAUUUAA